AUGAGCGAAGCCCUAACGUUCAGUGACUUUAAGACAAAGCUGAGAAAUUUUGAGGACACUGAAAGAUACAAGCCAAGCGAUCUCACAGAAGACAAGAAGGAUUCGGCCGAGAUCGAGUGCUACAGAUGCCGUAAGAAGGGACAUGUGGCAAGGAAUUGUCCCAGCGCGUAUGAGGAGAGGCGACGGGACCGCAGGAGCGACGAGCUACGCCGAGGGGGACAGCGGGACUCCAUGGCAGCAGCAACGAGGAGCCACAGACCGCUGGGAGCGCUGGGCUCGACCCGACAGGAGCGCCAGGGACCAAGAAAGACCCUGCCCCUGGAGCGCCUACAGAGAAGCAGCACAUGA